AGGAGGCUAGACAAGGUCCGUGAGGAGCUGGUCAAACUCAAGUCCUUUGCCCUGAUGCUGGUGGAUGAGCGGCAGCUCCACAUUGAGCAGAUCGACCAGCAGAGCCAGAAGGUCCAGGACCUUAGCAGCAAGCUCCAGGAGAGAGAACACCGGCUGGUCGCCGUAAGCGGCACCGCCAAGGAGGACGGCCAGAAGGUCCUCAGGCUAGAGGCGGAGCUGGAGUGCAAAGCUGCCAAGUUCACCCAGGAGCAUGAGGAGAUGACUGCCAAGCUGGCCAACCAGGAGUCCCAGAGCCGCCAGCUCCGCCUGAAGCUGGCAGGCCUGGCCCACAGGAUCGAGGAGCUGGAGGAGAGCAACAAAGCACUGCAGAAGUCAGAGGAGGACCUCCUGGAGCUAAGGGACAAGAUCAGCAAGGGGGAAUGUGGGAACUCCAGCCUCAUGUCAGAGCUGGAGAACCUGCGCAAGAGAGUGCUGGAGAUGGAGGGCAAGGACGAGGAGAUCACCAAGACGGAGAGCCAGGCCAGAGAGUUGAGGAAAAGGCUGCAGGACGAGGAGACCACCGGCCAGGAGCUGAGGCUGGAGGUGGAGAAAAUGCAGAAGAGAAUGGUGGACCUGGAGAAACUGGAGAGGGCUUUCAACACGAGCAAAUCAGAGUGUGCAACACUUCAUAUUAACCUUGAAAGAGAGAAAGGACUGGCAAAGGACUUAGCCGGUGAGCUGGACACAGUGAAAAACCGUGUGAAAGAACUGGAGAACUCUGAGUCGAGACUUGAGAAGGCAGAGAUGGGCCUAAAGGACGACCUGAUGAAGCUGAAGUCAUUUACAGUGAUACUAGUGGAUGAGAGAAGGAACAUGACUGAGAGAAUAAAACAGGAGGAGCAAAAGAGCGAUGAUUUAAAUAAGAUGUUCAAAACUGAGCAGAGUAAAGUUAUGGAUGUCACAGAAAAGUUGAUUGAGGAGAGCAAAAAGCUCCUUAGACUGAAAUCAGAAAUGGAGGUAAAAGUGACGUCUCUUACUAAAGAGAAAGAUGAACUGAAAACGAAACUUGCAAGUGAAGAGGAAAAGUGCAGGGAUCUUAGCUCUAAGGUCGGUGUAAUAAAAAAACGAAUGGACGGGCUAGAGGAGGCAGAAAGGGUAUUGUUAAAAAUCAGCACCAAUAAGGACAACAAGAGACCCCCAGACGAGGACAACAAAUUCAAGGAGCUAACGCAGGAAAUUGAAAGGCUCAAAAACCGUCUCAAACAGCUAGAGGUGGUGGAAGGUGACCUGAUGAAGACAGAGGACGAGUAUGACUUACUGGAGAAGAAGUUUAGAAUGGAGCAGGACAAGGCCAAUGCCCUCUCUCAGCUGCUGGAGGAGAUGAAGAGUCAGACCGCCAGGAACAAAGCCAUAGAGAAGGGAGAGGCGGUGAGCCAGGAGGCUGAUCUGAGGAUGCGCUGCAAGAUGGAGGAGGCAAGGACCAGAGACCUGCAGGCAGAUGUUCAGGCCCUCAAAGAGAAGAUCCACGAGCUGAUGAACAAGGAGGACCAGCUCUCCCAGCUGCAAGUGGACUACUCCCUCCUCCAGCAGAGAUUCCUGGAGGAGGAGGACACAAAGAAGAGCCUGAGCCAGGAAGUGGUCAACCUCACCAAAGAGCUGGAGGUCACCAAGCGCUACAGCCGCGCCCUGCGUCCCAGUAUGAAUGGAAGGAGGAUAGUAGACGUCCCUGUCACCUCCACCGCAGUCCAGACAGAUGUGGUGGUCAGUGAACCUGCCGAGGAGGACACGCCUGCAGUGUUCAUCAGGAAAUCUGUCCUGGAGGAGAACCAUAUCAUGAGCAACCUGAGGCAGAGGGGUCUGAAGAAGCCUGUAACCGUGCUGGAGCGCUACCCCCCUGCAGCCACCGAGUUGGGCAUGAGAAAAUCCUGGAUUCCCUGGAUGAGGAAGAAGGAUGCAGUGACGAUCACUCAGACCACCCCAGAGAAUACCCCAACCCCUCAGGACAACGGGGACUCCUCCACUCGUCCACCCGAGCUGUCCAUGUCCCAAAAGCCAGGCCAGCCGUUGCACAUUCGAGUAACCCCCGAUCACGAGAACAGCACUGCCACUUUGGAGAUCACCGGCCAUCGUGCUGAGGACUUCUUCUCCAGCGCCACCAUCAUCCCCACCUUGGGCCUGCAGAGGCCUCGCAUCACCAUUGUUCCCAAACCCACCACCAUGUCCUCAAAGAGCAAGCCGGGUGAGGGCAUGAUGGGGGGGCCUGAGCGGUGCAAGUCUCCAGUCACCAUCACCACCAUCUCCAGGGCCAAGUCCCCAGAUAGGAGUAAGGGCUCCUCCUACUCAGACUCGAACAGACCCCUCUCCCCCGUCUCCAUCAUCACAGUGAGCACCACUCCAGUGGCUGAGGCCUUUGCCUCCGCAUCCCCAGAGCCCCAUGACAUGAGCACCAUGGGCCGGGCUGUGUUCAAAGUGACCCCAGAGAAGCAUACAUUGCCUAUGCCCGUCAGGAAAUACAACUCCAACGCCAGCAUAAUCACCACCACGGAGGACAACAAGAUCCACAUCCACCUGGGACCUCAGUUCAAGAGGCCAUCAGACAUCAGCAGUAGCAGCCCUACACUGACAGUCAGUCCCCUUAGUGUGAGCACAGAGAGCAAGGAGGCACCCACAGGUACGGUGCUGCGCUCCCCACGUCACCCCAACAACACCACCACCGCUCCUGGGAAGACCACCCCCAGCAAAUUGACCAGCAGCAUCACCAUCACCCCCAUCACCUCGGCACCGUCCAGGCCAACUCAGUCUGUGGUGAGUAGUCAAAAUCGAGUACAUUUACAUAAGCCCUCUGUUCUUUCUGCCGUCUAUCUCUCUCCCUUUUAUGAUGAUUUGAACAAGGGCUGUCUCACUAACAGAGAAGCUUUUUAUUGCAUAAUUUUCUAUGUAACCGUUUUCAGCUGGUAUGCUGAAUACAUUCUAUAUCAUUGUUAGUAAUAAAGUUGUUCAAUUACAUGACCUUCGUUUCAGACAAACCAUCUAAAUGAUAUCCAAUCUUUUGUAUUUCAGUUGCUUCUGAAAUGUUUCAAAAUGAUAUCAGGUGGUGUCUGCUCCCUAGAUAGCACUCUUUCCAGGUAUACCAAAAUCAAAUACACUCCUUUUACCUAUGACCAAUACUAACACUGGAAUGAAUUGACACGCAUAUCCCCACCUUCCAAAGGCCACUCUCAAAGGAUCCUGUGUUGACACACCGGUUUCUACUGGCACAAACUGACAUGUUCCUCCCUUUUAACCGAAAAUGGACCAGUGAUGACCAAUUUGGAUGUUUGACUUCAAAGUGGGCUUACCUGCACAUCAGCAAUAAGACCAGAAUACUGUAGUAUAUAAUAUCCUCUCCCAAGCUCUGUUAACUCAAUGCAAACCGUUUUUGUGAUGCUAGCUUUGAAAUGCACUUUCUUAAUGCUGUGAAGGGUGAAAGGUGAGCUAUGGUAACAUUGUGGUAUUUCAUACAGCUAGAUUUAAAGAGGCUCUUUAUGGAUGGAAGCUUUUUGAAGGAUAAGAAAUGCAGCACCUCAAUUCUAUUGCAAUUCUAAUCACAAUCAAUAUCCAAUAUGGCCAACUCUUGUCAUCCCUCUUGAACCUGUGUAAAUGGAUUUAUUUAAUUUACAUGUAAUUCUGCACCACAGUUCUAACAAUGACAAAACAGUGGUCUUAUGGCAACAAGUAUAUAGCAUGCCAUCUUGAAUUUACUUCCACCAAAUGUACACAAAGUAAAUCGUUGCUAUUGUGCUUGUCUACGAUAAUACUUUAAAAACCUUUUCUGUCUGUGCUUUUGUCUUAUGUUGUGUGAAUCCUUUCAGCCCGGGGCGGAUGUGCAGUCAACUCGGGCCGCGGCCACACGAAUCCCUAUGUCAAAAGGUAUGAAAACAGGCAAGGCAGUUGUGACAGGCGUCUCCACUGUGACACGGUUAGAGUCGCGAGCCGAGUGCCAGUCAAUGAAAAUUGAACUGAGGAGGUCGACAGUCUGCAGCUCUACCUCCGCAGGGGGAGGGAAGUGCUGA